AUGAAUGGGAGUCAGUACAUCUGGAUCCUAAAUGGUGUUCUUAUGCAAAAUGUGGCUCUGAGUCAAACUGCAGACCAGUCUUCAUCGUACCCUGAUGGUGGUCCUGCCAGAAAUGCUGUUGAUGGAAACCGAGACCCAGAUUUUUAUAAAGGAUCCUGCUCACAUACCCAACAAGAGUCCAAUCCCUGGUGGAGGGUGGACCUGCAGAAUGUGUACACAGUUACUGCUGUGAUGAUAACCAACAGAAAUGAAUUUGAAAACAGGCUAGACGGUGCUGAAAUCUGGAUCGGAACCUCAUUGGAGGACAAUGGUGCCAAAAAAUCCAGGUGCUUGACGCAGACUUCUAUAUUACAUCCCCCAUUGGGACAAGGAAAAGCUUUUGCCUACCUCACUUUGUUUGUCUCCACAGAGGGACGCUACGUCACAGUUUUUCUUCCAGGAACAGAGAAGACUCUUACUCUCUGCAAGGUCGAAGUUUUCCCUGCCAUCGAUGGGCGACGCAAUCCCAUCUUCUAUGACGGGUUUUGUACCCACACUAGCCUCGAGACAAACCCAUGGUGGAGGUUGGACCUGCGAGAAACACACGCAGUCACAUCUGUCAAAGUAACCAAUAGAGGAGACUGCUGCGCUCAGAGGCUGGAUGGAGCCGAGAUCCGAAUCGGGAACUCAGCAGAGAACAACGGAAAUGACAACCCCAAGUGUGCUUCCAUCUCCCACAUCGUGGCGGGUAAAGCGGUCACAUUUUACUGCGAGGGAGGCAGCGUGAUGGGUCGCUUUGUAAACGUGAUUAUCCCUGGACCGAUGAAGUAUCUCACUCUGUGUGAAGUGGAAGUGUAUGGUUCUUUGGCAGACACCGCUCCUCCUCCUCCUGCGACUGAGAGCAUGCUGUUGAACGGCAGGAAUGUGACGGUGGUGGGUGAGCGGCUUUGCUGGUCCGAUGCUCUACUCUACUGCAGACGUCAUUACUGGGACCUGCUGAGCAUUCUGAGCCGAGAGGAGCAGAGCGAGGUGGAGCAGCUUCUGAGCCGAGGUUCUUUCCUGCUCACAGAUCAUGUCUGGCUGGGGUUGCGCAGACAGAUAAUGGGGGACAGCUGGUUCUGGAUGUCCGGUGAAGCCAUGGAUUUUACCAAAUGGCAGGACGAUUCUGCCCCCCAACGUGUGAGUCACGCCUGCGGAGCUGUAGCCAGAGGAGAGAGCUUCCUGUGGAAAGACAGGCCGUGUGAGGAGCACCUCAACUUUAUCUGCCAUUCAGACCCUGACCCGAAGGCUGGCGAGGGCCGUCCGAGUCGUCUGACGAAUCGUAAGCCCUGUGGUUGUCACGGUAGUACGGUUGCAACCGUGGCGGGGUUUGUGUUCGGCUCAGACGUGGCCGUCUAUCAUGGGACAGGUGUUCUUAUGCAAAAUGUGGCUCUGAGUCAAACUGCAGACCAGUCUUCAUCGUACCCUGGUGGUCCUGCCAGAAAUGCUGUUGAUGGAAACCGAGACCCAAAUUUUGCUAAAGGAUCCUGCUCACAUACCCAACAAGAGUCCAAUCCCUGGUGGAGGGUGGACCUGCAGAAUGUGUACACAGUUACUGUCGUGAUGAUAACCAACAGAAAUGAAUUUGAAAACAGGCUAGACGGUGCUGAAAUCUGGAUCGGAACCUCAUUGGAGGACAAUGGUGCCAAAAAAUCCAGAUGUGCAAUCAUCUCCCACAUUCCCAAAGGACGCACUUUCUACUUCCCAUGUAGCUCUACAGAGGGACGCUACGUCACAGUUUUUCUUCCAGGAACAGAGAAGACUCUUACUCUCUGCGAUGUCCAAGUUUUCCCUAAGGAUGUCUGUCUUUCUUUGUUUCAUGUAAAUCGUGUACCCAAUCUGGCUCUAGCAGGCAACACAUUCCAGUCCUCAACAAGUCAUAAUGGUUAUGCGUCCAAGGCCAUCGAUGGGCGACGCAAUUCCAACUACCGUGACGGGUUUUGUACCCACACUAAAGAAGAGACAAACCCAUGGUGGAGGUUGGACCUGCGAGAAACACACGCAGUCACAUCUGUCAAAGUAACCAAUAGAGGAGACUGCUGCGCUCAGAGGCUGGAUGGAGCCGAGAUCCGAAUCGGGAACUCAGCAGAGAACAACGGAAAUGACAACCCCAAGUGUGCUUCCAUCUCCCACAUCGGGGCGGGUAAAACAGUCACAUUUUACUGCGAGGGAGGCAGCGUGAUGGGUCGCUUUGUAAACGUGAUUAUCCCUGGACCGAUGAAGAUUCUCACUCUGUGUGAAGUGGAGGUGUAUGCCGCUCCUGCAGGUACAACUGUCACUGACUUGCCUUUUUUUUUUUUGGUUUGUUCCAAAAAUUCCUACAAGGGUUCAUUCCUCUUUUUCUUGACUUUUCUCACUUUAGUGGAACCUCUCGCAAACGUGGCCCCAAACGGAAAAGCAACGCAGUCAUCCCUUUACGCUAACAAUGUACAUGCAGUCAAUGUUAUAAAUGGGGAUAUGACUGGAUUAUGUUCCCAUACUGCAAACCAGUCCUCUCCUUGGUGGAAAUUGGACUUGUUAGCUGUGCACAGGGUUCGUGCUGUUACUAUCUUCAACAGGCCAGACUGUUGUCCUGAAAGGCUCAUUGGGGCAGAGAUCCUGAUUGGGAACUCUCCGUCAACCGAGGUUGCCCAAAACCCCAGAUGUGGUACUAUCUCAUCGGUUGAAGGUACAUUAACACACACUUUCCAUUGUGGAGACAUGGAAGGUCGCUACGUGGUUGUGAUCUUACCGGGACAGACAAGGAUUUUGUCACUCUGUGAAGUGGAAGUGUAUGCUUCUUUGGCAGACACCGCUCCUCCUCCUCCUGCGACUGAGAGCAUGCUGUUGAACGGCAGGAAUGUGACGGUGGUGGGUGAGCGGCUUUGCUGGUCCGAUGCUCUACUCUACUGCAGACGUCAUUACUGGGACCUGCUGAGCAUUCUGAGCCGAGAGGAGCAGAGCGAGGUGGAGCAGCUUCUGAGCCGAGGUUCUUUCCUGCUCACAGAUCAUGUCUGGCUGGGGUUGCGCAGACAGAUAAUGGGGGACAGCUGGUUCUGGAUGUCCGGUGAAGCCAUGGAUUUUACCAAAUGGCAGGACGAUUCUGCCCCCCAACGUGUGAGUCACGCCUGCGGAGCUGUAGCCAGAGGAGAGAGCUUCCUGUGGAAAGACAGGCCGUGUGAGGAGCACCUCAACUUUAUCUGCCAUUCAGGUGGCGAGGAUGGAGCACAUAGAGUGUAUUUCUACAGCAGCCGCCAAAACCCACAUACCUAGUACUUUAGGGUUCUAUUAGAGCCUACAGCGCAGUAACAGGCUUAAACUAAUUAUAGGAGAUAUCUUCUCACAUUCAGCA